AAAUAUUCUUCUUCUUCAAUGGAAAUUCACUUCCAGUCGCCGGAGACCCACGGCGGAGCCGCUGUACCAGUGGUCAAAACAAGCAAAUUUAAAGGCAAAACCAGAGGGAACAACGGCAACAAGUUCGUCGGAGUCCGGCAGCGGCCGUCGGGCAGAUGGGUGGCGGAAAUCAAAGACACGACAAAGAAAAUCCGAAUGUGGCUAGGAACAUUCGAGACCGCCGAGGAAGCCGCUCGUGCCUACGAUGAAGCCGCCUGUCUUCUCCGAGGUUCGAACACAAGAACUAAUUUCUUCAUCCCACAAAUCUCCACUAAUUCUCCAAUCGCCUCUAGAAUCCGCACCCUUUUAAACAGCAAAAAGUCCCUCGAAAAUCCCGCCGCCGCCUCCGCCGCCGCCGUCCCUGCUCCAACAAUUCAGGAUGGUCGGAUGUUGGACGGAGAUUAUAAACCAGACAUGACGAAUUGCUCGGAGAAAACAGAGAUGGGUUCGUGUUGUUCUUCGGAUUCUUGUCGAUUUGUUGAUGGGUUUUGGAAUUCAGAUGAUUUGGAGUUUUGUGAUUUUGAGAGGAUGAAAGUUGAGAGGCAAAUUUCAGGUUGUUUGUAUGCUAUGAAUGGAGUUCAUGAGUAUAUGGAGGCUGUUCAUGAGGCCUCUGAAUCCAUUUGGGAUCUUCCUCCGCUCGGCUCGUUGUUCUGUUAAUUUGUACAACAAUCCGAAAGGGUAUACACGAGCUGGGUUGGAUUGGAUUGGGUGGGUGAUCGAACAAUUUGAAUAGAUGUUACAACCCGAAUCAACCUUCUAUUUUCUAGAUUGAGUUGAAUUGGAUUGUCGAGUUGUUUUUUUUUUUUUUUAAAUCCAAUUUUGCAUAGGGUUUAGUGAAAGAAUAAACGGGUUUGGACUCUCUGUUAGGCCCUAUUUUAAUCCGUUGAAGGACCAUAGAAGUUCGGGGGAUGCAAGUCGAGAUGGUGUGACAGCUUCUACACUUUGGUUUUGGAAUAUUCUUGAGAAAAUAGACAAGUUUCCAUUACAGAUACGUUGGGAGAUUGCUUGUUUGUUGAUUCUUAUUCAGCGAGUUGUUCCCUCGAUUGUACUUUAAUUAGAGAUGUCCAGUGGGUGGAGCGAGAUAGGGUCUUUCCGUCUUCGCCUCAUAUUUCAAUCACA